GAUUAGAAGUAAUCAACGGCUAGGAUCAACCUAAACUGGCAUCAGCUAACUAAUUCAAGGGCAAUUAUAGAUGCAAGGGUACUUUGGUCAUUCUCAGACCCUCUCCUUUCCCGCCAGUUCCAAGAAUUCCGUUAAAAACACCUUCUUUGCUCUACUACCUCCACUCUUCUCUCCAAAUACAAAAACCCACGAAAACCAAAGAUCAAAGAAUCAACCUUUCAACCGAAAAUCAAUAAAAAGAAAAGAAAAUGGUGAACUCAAUUUUUGAAAUAGCAAACAUGAAGAAAAUGACUGUUCUUGUAUUCAUCAUCUGUAUCUUGAUCUCUUUCAGGAACCAAACUAAAGAGAUAAUGAUCCAUAACGAAGAGAUCAAGGAAAGCUUCGAAGAAUAUUAUUACACUUCUUCUUCUUGGGAUUUGCUUCCUUCUUUUUUCUUGUCUAACGAACAAGAAGCACAUCCUCAAACUAGGUCACUUGAAUAUGACUUCUAUCGCAAUUCUUGUCCACAAGCUGAGAAAAUCAUUCAAAAUGUUGUUCGAGAAUUAUACAAAGUCAAGUUCAGUGUUUCUCCUGCUCUCUUGAGGCUUGUUUUCCAUGAUUGUUUCAUUGCGGGUUGUGAUGCUUCUAUUCUAUUGGAUGCUGUUGAUGGCAAACAAUCUGAGAAAGAUUCUAACCCAAAUGAAAACUUGAAGGGUUAUGAUAUAAUUGACAAAAUCAAGUCACAGAUUGAAGAAGUUUGCCCUGGAAUCGUUUCUUGUGCAGAUAUUGUUGUCUUGGCAGCCAGAGAAGGUGUUUUACAGGCUGGUGGUCCAUUCUAUCCACUCUUCACUGGCAGAAGAGAUAGUACUGAACCCUUCUCAAACUUGGCAACAAAUGAGCUUCCUUCACCGAAUGCUGAUCUUUCAGAAACCCUUGCAUCUUUUUCUUCUAGGGGUUUUGAUGAAAGAGAAACUGUUAGUAUCUUAGGUGCUCACAGCAUUGGAAUGAUCCAUUGCAAAUUUUUCCUGAACCGUCUAUACGACUUUGGCGGGACUUAUGGGCCUGAUCCCUCUCUGGAUCCCCAAUUCCUCAACUUUCUAAGGUCAAAAUGCAACACCAGUGGUGCAUCAGAGGUACCAGCAGCUUCACCUCCCUUUGAUAUCUUAGUGUCAUCAUCAACGGAAACCUCACCACCCCAUAGCGUGAUGUCAUCAGCAGCACCACCAUCACUUUCCUUCCGAGGUUCAUUGUCUUCCCCACCAUUAUGCACUGCUCCAUCAGUUUCCUUUGAGAAUUCACUCCUGUCCUCACCUGAAGAUCUAGGAAUCAAUAUGGCCUAUGAGGGACCUGGAGUAGAUUUUGGCACAUUGUACUACCGCAGUCUUCUGCACGGUAGAGGAAUCCUCUAUUCUGAUCAGCAACUAAUGUCUGGGGAAGAAACUGGGAUUUGGGUCAGAGCAUAUGCUUCGGAUGUGUCCUUAUUUCGCCGGGACUUUGCCCAGGCAAUGAUGAAGCUCUCAAAUCUCAAUGUCUUGACAGGUUCAGCAGGUCAGGUCAGACGCAAUUGUUCUAAGGUGGUAUGAGAUAUAAUUGAUCUGGAAGAAGUUGAUCCACAUAACUUUUUCAGCUUUCCCUACACUGAUUUUUGUGCUUUUCCUCAGUAAAUUUGAACUUUGAAACUGAUUUCAGAUGUAAUCUUGUAAAUUUAAUAUCCUAGCAAAAGCAAACUGUCAAAUACAUGUUCAGGAAAUGUUAUAAAGGAAGUGAUUUCUUUUUCUUUCUUUUUUCUUUUUACCUGGUUGGUUAAUGCUCUUACUUAUAUUAGCAGACACCUAACAGGCUUUUCAAUUUGGACCCUAUGGAACACUCUACCAUAGGGCAUCCAAUGUUUAGCAUUGUAGAAACUGGCUUUAUGAACAUUUGUAGAGUAGACAUCAAAUACCCUCUUAUCAGACAUUUAAAAGUAGGCAUUAUUAAUCUUGUGACUCCAUUUAUUGCAUCUGCUCCAGAAUAUUCAUGGGAAGAUAUUCUAAUAAACAUCCUUCAGCCCG